CACCAUCAUCCUUCCCCCUUCUCGUUCUCUGCUCUCUGCUCGUACUUCACUCACAUCUUAUAUCUCCUAAUAUCCUCAUGAAACUGUCUGCAAGCUAUGUGUUGUUGGCGGGCGCUUUCCUCGCUAUGAACAAUGUCAACGCGAGCCCUAUUCGUGUGAUCAUGGUCGAGUCGCACGAGGAGCUUAUCAGCACCAAAGGCGCCGGUCUGCUUCGCCUUGGACAUGCCGCCGCGCACGCGAUGCCCCCCCAGCGUAUCGAACCCGCCGUCAUGGGCGCCGUCGUCGCCUCCUCCUCCGCUCCCCCGAUCUACAACGUGAACAGUACCGGGUCGUCGCCCAAGGGAAAGCAUUGCGCUAUGCACGCGAAGAGCGCUCAGGCCAAGGCCAAGGCGAUCGAGAUCUCCAACUCGUUCAGGAAGUUGCUCGGCAUGCCGCUGAUUCAGACUGGGAAGGAGGCGUUCGGGAAGGCUCACGGCGGGUACGCUAUAUACAAACCCGUUGCGCCCAUCGACGUGGACGACAAGAUCGUCGAGAUGAAGAAGUAUUCGGCAGACAGGAGUGGGGAGGAGACGUUUGCGACGAGGGUGCAUCAGGCGCUGAUCACGCUCGGGCCUUGGGAGGGACGCGCAGUCGCCUUUGUCCUCGGUUGCGGCAUCGGCGUUCUGCUUCGCAUGGUGUGGGUCAUGCUCAUCGUCACCGCUCGCAUGUUCAAGGGCGGCCGCUCGCACUCUGAAGACGACGAGGUUGAAUACACUCUCGUAUUCGAACACGCCCUCCCGGAUGCGGAAGAGAUCGCUGUUCCGCCGCCGCAAUACACGGACUCGGACGAGAAGGGCCAAGUUCAGCUCGUGGACUCGAAGGCCUGAAAGCGGACUUUUGUCUGCUUCAAGCCUGCCACCGCCUACUGCUCGCCCGAGUUAGCGUCUUCCCCUCAUUGAUUGCUCCCUCAUUCCGUACUCAUCCUUAGCGUUACUGACUCCGGACUGAAGUUGCCUCGUUUUUCUACUGACCCCAACUAAGCAUUGUAUCGUCGAAGACUCCCUCCGUCCCGUACUAUCCUGUACCACCUUUCCCCUUGUAGGGUCACCGCCUUAUUCUAUGAAUGGAUGCGCCAUCGCUUAUAAGUCCCUGCAAAACUGAUUUGGUUCGC